AUGGCAGCUUCGACAACAUUAUGCAGGGGAUGCUUGCGCUCGAUGCGUAGAGCAGCAGGUGAAAGCCAGUUGCCGCUUCGGAGCUUCCCAACCUCUUCCCGAGCAUGCCAUACGGCACCUUCACCAGCUCAGCCACUCUACCUAGACUUCCUGGCUCCUACACUUCGACAUAAUCGAGUGGCAGUAACUACAUUCCGGCAAUCGCCUACGUGGAUGCUCGCUCGCCAUCCUCCUGCACGUCGGAACCUCGCAACCGCCACCACUGCUGCCACCCCGUCCGCAGAAGAGCAGGCGCCGCCGUCUCCACAAUCCUCACCAUACCUCGCCCGCGCAAUACAGAAUCCUCGAACCGAUGACGAAGGUAAACCGAUGCUCAUAUCCAUCGCCCCCCGUGCAGCCAGUCGUCUGUCCGCAAUAUGCGAAGGCGACAAGAACCCGAACCUCGCAUUACGCGUAUCAAUAGAGAGCGGAGGCUGUCACGGAUUCCAAUAUCUCAUGAACCUGGAAGAUCUAUCGGAGAAGCCGGUUGCGGAGGACGAUGUCUUGUUUGAGGGGGACAAGGGCGCCAAGGUCAUCAUCGAUGAGGCGAGUUUGGAACUGUUGAACGGGAGCACCGUUGAUUACACCAUGGAGUUGAUCGGGAGUCAGUUCAAGGUUACGGGCAUUCCCGGCGCGACGAGUAGUUGCGGCUGCGGCACGAGCUUCGAUAUCAAGAUAUAA